AGAAGUGAGACGAAGAUAGAGCGAUUGGUUUUCAAAAAGAGCAAAAAAUUUCAGAAAUAUCUUAAAAAUUGAAUUAACAAGGUUUAAAUAGUUUUUUAAAUAGUAAAAGUUUAUUAAAGUUAUUCAUAAGUCAUUUCUAAACAAUAAUAUCAAUGUAGUUUUAGUAGCCACAAUAAAGAUUCAAGAUAAGUUGCUUCCUAAAAACUAAAGUAACACAUUGCCAGGAUUAAUUAAAGAACAUUCAAUAUGAGUGAUGUAGAUCCAGAAACUCUUUUAGAAUGGCUGUCCAUGGGGCAAGGUGAUGAACGUGAGAUGCAGUUAAUUGCACUCGAACAAUUAUGUAUGCUUCUAUUGAUGAGCGACAAUGUAGAUCGAUGCUUUGAAAGCUGUCCACCUCGGACUUUCUUACCAGCAUUAUGUAAAAUAUUUUUAGAUGAAUUAGCACCAGAAAAUAUAUUAGAAGUUACGGCAAGAGCAAUCACUUAUUAUUUAGAUGUGUCAGCAGAAUGCACGCGUCGUAUUGUCGCAAUUGACGGAGCAAUUAAAGCUAUUUGCAAUCGUUUAGUAAUUGUGGACCUUUCAAAUCGCACCAGUCGUGACUUGGCUGAACAGUGUAUUAAGGUGCUUGAACUGAUUUGUUCGCGUGAAGCAGGAGCUGUUUUUGAAGGUGGCGGAUUAAAUUGUGUACUAACAUAUAUUCGUGAUAAUGGAUCACAAAUUCAUAAGGAUACACUUCAUUCAGCUAUGAUUGUUGUAUCGCGUUUGUGCAGCAAAGUAGAACCGCAAGGAGCAAACAUACAAAUUUGCGUCGAAAGUUUAAGUACAUUAUUACAACACGAAGACUCAUUAGUUGCUGAUGGAGCAUUAAAAUGCUUUGCAUCUGUUGCUGACCGUUAUACGAGAAAAUCUGUUGAUCCAGCACCUUUAGCAGAAUAUGGAUUAGUAGAUCACUUAAUUAUUAGAUUAAGUAAUGCUGGUGGACAUCAAUUGCCAUCGACAUCAACUGGAUCGACUCCGAAUCAAAAACUUACAGUUGCUGCUGCUACAUCCACAACACAAAAGACACCAAAUUCAGAUGCUAAUAAAUCAUCUCAAUCAAUUGCUACGACAAUAUCGUUAUUAUCGACCUUAUGUAGAGGUUCACCAACAAUUUCCUACAAUUUAUUACGAUCAAAAUUACCAGAAGCUAUGGAACGAGCACUAAAAUCUGAAGAUGAACGAUGUAUUUUAGAUUGUAUGCGAUUAGCUGAUUUAAUUCUAUUGUUGAUAUUUGAGGGUCGUCAAGCUUUAGGACGUAUUGGUGGAUCAACAGGUCUCGUUCCAAGAAUAAGACGCGCUGAUUCAAGUACUGAGCGUAUUCAUAGACAAUUAAUUGAUUGUAUUCGUAGUAAAGAUACAGAAGCUCUGAUUGAAGCUAUUGAAACAGGCGGAGUCGAUGUCAAUUGUAUGGAUGAUGUUGGGCAGACAUUAUUAAAUUGGGCAUCUGCUUUUGGAACACUUGAAAUGGUUGAAUUCCUCUGUGAAAAAGGUGCUGAUGUCAAUAAAGGUCAACGCAGUUCAUCGCUUCAUUAUGCUUCUUGCUUCGGACGACCAGGAAUCGCCAAAGUAUUGCUUAAGCACGGAGCUAAUCCAGAUUUGAGAGACGAGGAUGGUAAAACAGCUUUAGAUAAGGCAAGAGAACGUCCAGAAGAGGGACAUCGUGAGGUUGCUGCAAUUUUGCAGUCACCAGCAGAAUGGAUGACUUCUUCAAUCCGAAAUGAUCCUUCAGACACCAACGAAAAUAGCGAGCCAAGAGGAGAUCCUGAAAUGGCUCCAAUAUAUCUCAAAUUCUUUUUACCAGUUUUCUGCAAGACGUUCCAAAGUACAAUGCUGUCGAGUGUGAGAAGAUCUAGUCUCGGUUUGAUCAAGAAGAUGAUUCAAUAUGUUCACAAAGACGUACUCGCAACUUUAUGUACUGAACAACAAUCUGAACCAAAUUUGGGAUCACUUGCAUUUAAGAUUGUUGAAGUCGUCGCUAGUGUCCUUGAUAAUGAAGAUGAUGAAGACGGACACUUAGUUGUAUUGACAAUAAUUGAAGAAUUGAUGAAUAAGCGACAAGAAGAGUUUUUAGAUCAUUUCGCUAGACUCGGUGUCUUUUCAAAAGUUCAAGCUCUGAUGGGUGGAUGUAACGGUGAAAAUGAUAUCGAUGUAAUUAAGUCACAAGAUGAGCCAUCAAGCAGCAAAGCUUGUAAAGAUUCAACUUCGACUAACGAACCGCAAGAAGAUGCAAAGGAAAUUCUCCCAGGAAAAGCUUAUUUCUGGCAUGAUUGGAGCAUUUGUCGUGGUAGAGAUUGCUUAUAUGUUUGGUCAGAUUCAGCAGCUUUAGAGCUAUCAAAUGGCUCAAACGGGUGGUUCCGAUUUAUUCUUGAUGGUAAACUUGCAACAAUGUACUCGAGUGGAAGUCCGGAAAAUGGCAAUGAUAGCUCAGGAAAAGGUCGAUCGUCAUCUGAUGCUCUUUCGAGCGAAGAAAAUCGUGGAGAGUUUUUGGAGAAAUUACAACGAGCUCGUGCUGCCGUACGUCAAGGAACACCAUGCCCAAUUUUGUCGUCACCAGGACCAUUGAGAAUUGUUGUUGGUAACUGGGUAUUGAAUAGUCAGAAAGAAAAUCAUUUGCAUAUCAAUAAUUCCGAAGGUCAUCAGGUCACAAUAUUGCAAGACGACCUUCCUGGAUUUAUUUUUGAGAGUAAUCGUGGAACUAAGCACACAUUUACAGCUGAAACAACUCUUGGACCAGACUUUUCGUCUGGAUGGACGAAUGUUCGUAAAAAGAAGUUGCGAUCAAAGGCAGAAGCUCAAAAAUGUCAAGUUAAGAAUCUAGCACGUGAUUUGUAUAAUCGAUAUUUCAAGGCUGCACAAGCAAUACCAAGAGGCGCUGUUGCAAAGCUUUCAAAUAUUGUCCGUAAGAUUGAAUCAGCACUUGAGGAUCAAUGCUUGCCACAAAAUGCUGCAAAUAUUUUGGGUGGAACUGUAGAAAUCAACAAACAGACAUGGCAAGAAAAAUUGCGUUCAGCAUUAAAUGAUUUAGCACAACUUUUGCAUAGUGAUGGUGUUAUAAGUGCAUAUGAAAUGUAUAGUUCUGGAUUAGUACAGGCAUUAGUUGCUGUAUUGUCAAAAAGUUGCUGGGAACUCGGAAUGAAUCGAAAUAAGGCGAGUAAAUAUCAAAAACAACGCAUUGCAAUUUUCAAAGAUUGCAUUUUUAAGCAUAAGAUGUCGGAUAAGAAUACAGCAAGUAUUUUAGUUCAAAAAUUAGUGUCUGUCCUUGAAAGCAUCGAAAAAUUGCCUGUUCAUUUAUACGAUUCCCAAAUUGGUGGCUAUGGAAUCCAAAUAUUAACAAAACGCCUAAGAUUUAGACUCGAACGUUCUGGUGAUACCUUAUUUGAUCGUAGCGGAAGAAAUCUUAAAAUGGAACCGCUCACAACAAUCAGUCAACUUAAUAAAUUUCUAUUAAAAAUGGUUGCGAAGCAAUGGCACGACAUGGAUCGUUCAUCAUUCAUGUACUUGAAGAAGCUUAAGGAAAAUAAGCAUAAUGUAUUUAAGCAUCAACAUGAUUUCGACGAAAAUGGAUUAAUUUAUUUUAUUGGAAGUAAUGGAAAGUCAACGGAUUGGGUAAAUCCUGGUCAAUAUGGAUUAGUAACAAUAACAUGCUCUGAAGGACGUCAAUUGCCUUAUGGGAAAUUAGAAGAUAUUUUAUCACGCGAAAGUAUCAGCGUUAAUUGCCACACAAAAGAUAAUAAGAAGGCAUGGUUUGCUAUCGAUUUAGGAAUGUUUAUUGUUCCUACAGCUUACACAUUGAGACAUGCUCGCGGUUAUGGUCGUUCAGCAUUAAGAAAUUGGCUUUUCCAAAUGAGUAAAGACGGAGUUAGCUGGACAACACUUGUUACACAUAAUGAUGAUAAGAGUCUAGUUGAACCUGGUUCAACAUGUACUUGGCCUAUCGAUUGUUCCAGUGAUGAAGGCUUUAGACACAUUCGAAUUCAACAAAAUGGACGUAAUGCAUCUGGUCAAACACAUUAUUUAAGUUUAUCAGGCUUUGAAAUUUAUGGAAAAGUCUUGUCAGUUUGUGAUGAUAUGCAGCGUACAGUUGCGAAAGAGAAUGAGGCAAAAAUGAGACGUGAAAGAAGACAAAUUAGGUCACAAUUAAAGCACUUUAUACCCGGUGCAAGAGUUAUUCGUGGUGUUGAUUGGAGAUGGGAUGAUCAAGAUGGUACAACAGAAGGAACAGUUACAGGGGAAAUACAUAAUGGCUGGAUAGAUGUUAAAUGGGAUCAUGGAUUAAGAAAUUCAUAUCGUAUGGGUGCUGAAGGAAAAUAUGACAUAAAGUUGUCGAAUAGUGAUAAUUUACCUAAUUUUGACAUUUCAUCUUCAACAUCAACGACAAGCAUUAAAAAGUCAGGUGAAAAGGGAAAUUCUUUGAAUAGCCGUAAGUCGAGCUCAACACCAAGCUUGCCAGAAGCAACAGAUUGCAAAAAUUCUGUCGCAUCAACUGAUCAAGCUGCAUCAGCCGAUAAUUUGUUCUGUCGUAAUCAAGUUGAAGUUAUAGCUGAAAACGUCUUACAACAAUGUCGUUCUGAUCUUGUGGCAAAUAAUGGUUCUGAGAAUCAGGGAAAUCCCGAUGUGUCUGUUUCACAUUCUCUCCAUUUACCCGACUUGUCAACAAUCAAUUCAUCAAGCUUCUCUCUUUCCGAUUUGGCAACAAUCACUGAAAAUCUAACAUUAAGUGAAAGUUGUGAUAAAAGUGAUUUAGAAGGUGCAAUGGCAUUAAAUCUACAACAGGAGGCAUGCACAAGCCGAGAAUCAAUGUCACGUCAAACAAGCUGUGAAGAUAAAGCUUUGAAUUUGAAUGAAGCAAACAACAAGUUAAAUCUUAGUCAAUCAGCAGGUAGCAGUAUCAGUAAAACUUUACACAAUACUAAAUUGGAAAUGCUGGAUAAAAUUGAUAUGUUGCGUAAUAAUACCAACAGUCUCUUGUCAUCUGGAAUUUUAUCACAAAGUAACUUACUUUCAUCUGUUAAGCUUUCAUUGCCUAAGAACCAAGAUCCAUCCUCAUCAUCUACAUCAACUAAUAAUAAUAAAAAUAACAUUAAUCCUGAAGAUCGCGACUCGAGAAUUAAAAAAGCUUUUAGUGAAUUUGAAAAAUAUCUUCAAAUUCAGUCAUCAGCCGAUGAAGGAACAUCCUCAUCUGCUUUAAGUCAAGAGCCUGCGACAUCUACUAGUCCACCACCAGUUUCAGUCCAAUCGUCUGAAACACCAAGCUUAUUGGAGAGUAUUGCAGUAAUGGCACGUUCAAGGAACAACAACAAUAAUAAUAAUAAUAACAUGUCUGAAAUUGCUGGCGGAAGUAUGAAUAAUUCAGAAAUUUCCUCAAAUCAUCAAGGAGGAGUAAGUGCUUAUUUCCCAAGAGGAAGUAAUUCAGUUACAAGUCUCGUUAAGUUGGCAUUGUCAAGCAAUUAUCCAGGACUGUUGAGUACAGUUCAAGGAAGUAAUACAAAUACUGGAUCGUCCGUAGUUCAACCUUCAUCUGGGACAAAUCCAUCAUUAACAAUGAGCUUAACAUCGACAUCAAGUGACAGUGAACAAGUGUCAUUAGAAGAUUUCUUAGAAACAUGCCGUCCACCGACACUUUUGGGCGAAUCUGAUGAAUUUGAUGAUAUUGAGGACGAGACAGUCGAUGACGAGAAUGAAGAUGAAUACCAGGAAGUUGGAAAUACUUUAUUGCAAGUUAUGGUCUCGAGAAAUUUAUUGUCGUUUAUGGAUGAAGAGACAUUAGAAAAUCGUUUAGUUGCUGCUGGAAAACGAAAGUCUUGGGACGAUGAAUUUGUCUUAAAGAGAUCAUUUUCAGCUUUAAUUCCUGCAUUUGAUCCACGUCCAGGACGUACUAAUGUCAAUCAAACAAGCGACAUUGAAGUUCCAGCACCAAAUUCGGGAUUAAAUACAGAAACAACGAUUCAACAUGAUACAUUGGCAAUUCCUCAACCGUCAUUGUAUUUAGUUUUGCGCGGACCAAAUUUGCCUGGAAUUAAUGAUGUCGAAAUUCCAUUAACAAAUCCUGAAUGGACAAUUUUCCGUGCUGUUCAAGAACUGAUUCAAAUGACUAAUUUGGCAAAACAAGAUAAGCUGAAAAAGAUUUGGGAACCAACUUAUACUAUAGUUUAUCGUGAAGCUAAUAAAGAUGAUAAUUGUAAUGUUGAUGAGGGACGAAAUACACCAAUUCUUAUUUCUAAUAUACGUAGCGUAGGAUCUACAACAUUAUCACCAAUUUCUCCAAUGCCAAUAACACCAACCAAUGUCAACACGACUCUACAAUGCUCAGUUGAUGAUGUUCUUCAGUUACUUGCACAAAUUAAUUUCAUUGAUAAUACAAUUAUAGCUUAUGAGAAAGAUGAUGAGGAAGUUACACAUUUGGGAUCUGACUUGUACAUCAGUAAGAAGAUAACCAACAAGUUAUUACAGCAGAUACAAGAUCCACUUGUUUUAUCAAGUAAUAGUUUACCGCCUUGGUGUGAAGAUUUCAAUCAAAGCUGUCCAUUUUUAUUUCCAUUCGACACUCGUCAAGUUUACUUUAAUUGUACAGCUUUUGGUGCAUCACGUAGUAUUGUUUGGUUGCAAUCACAAAAAGAUGUCACGCUUGAGAGACAACGUACGCCUGGCUUAUCGCCAAGACACGGUGAACAGCACGAAUUUAGAGUUGGUCGAUUGAAGCAUGAGAGAGUCAAGGUUCCUCGCUCAAAAGAAUUACUCGCAUGGGCGAUGCAAGUUAUGAAACUACAUUGUAAUAGAAAAUCAGUAUUGGAAAUAGAAUUUACUGAUGAGGAAGGCACGGGUCUUGGUCCAACUUUGGAAUUUUAUGCUCUUGUUGCAAACGAAUUACAGAGAUCUGAUUUAAAGAUGUGGCUAUGCGACGAUCAUGAAGUCAUUGCUCAAGAAGACCAUAAAUCAGUAGAGGAUGAUGUAAAACCAAUCGGAUACUAUGUUCGACGAGCUACUGGACUCUUUCCUGCGCCACUGCCUCAAGAUAGUGAAAUAUGUGAUAAAGUUGCUGAACAUUUCUGGUUUUUGGGAGUUUUCAUCGCAAAAGUACUUCAAGACGGGAGACUUGUUGAUCUACCAUUGUCCAACAGUUUUCUUCAACUUCUCUGUCACAACAAGUCAUUAUCAAAGGUUAAAAUACCGACAACAACAAAGACAGAAGAUCUAAUGACUUCGAGUAUUAUGUCGGAAGAGAGUGAUCGUGAUUUGGCAGAAACUUUCUCGAAAUAUACUAUGAAUGAAUAUCAAAAUGAUCGGGCUUGGUAUGACGGAAUAUUGACACAUGAAAAUCUCACAGAAAUUGAUCCAAUUCGUGCGCAGUUCUUACACGAAUUAUCAGAACUCGUCCAACAUAAGCAGAAUAUUGAACAAAAUGACGAUAUGAGUGCGACAGAGAAGCUUGAGAAAAUCAGUCAGUUACACUUGCAUACAAAAACGGGUGGUUCGAUAUCAUUGGAAGAUCUUGCAUUAACAUUUACAUAUUUACCUAGCUCAAAAGUUUAUGGAUAUUCUGCAGCGGAGCUAAUUCCAAAUGGCGCAAACAUUGAUGUCACAAUAAACAAUGUUGAAGAAUACUGUGAUUUAACAAUUAAAUUUUGCUUACAAGAAGGCAUCGCUAAGCAACUCGAUGCUUUCCAUAAAGGCUUUUGUGAAGUAUUUAACCUGAAUAAAUUAGCCGCUUUUACUCCAAGCGAGGCUCAAAAGAUGAUUUGUGGAGAGCAAAAUCCAGAAUGGACUCGUGAAGAAUUAAUGAACUACACGGAACCAAAACUAGGCUACUCUAAAGACAGUCCCGGCUUCAUGCGCUUCAUUAACGUGCUGAUGAAUAUGACAGGAGAUGAACGAAAGGCAUUUUUGCAAUUUACCACAGGCUGCUCAAACCUCCCACCGGGAGGCUUUGCAAAUCUUCAUCCACGUUUAACAGUCGUUCGAAAAGUAGAUGCUGGAAGUGGAAGUUUCCCAUCAGUCAACACAUGCGUCCAUUACUUAAAAUUGCCUGAUUAUCCAACCGAGGAAAUAUUGCGAGAGCGUUUAUUAAGUGCCACAAAAGAGCGUGGUUUUCAUUUAAACUAAAUGAUGAUGAAUAUAUUUAAAUGUCUAAAUUAUUUUUUGCUGUUUGAUUGAUUCAUAAUCGCGUUUAGUCUCCAAAUUUAGAGUUUAUAACAAUUACACACAUACUGAGAUAAUGUUUGAAAAAGUUUAACUAAACUGUUAAAAAACAUAGAGAAAUUUGAAGGAUUAAUAAAAGAAAAUUUUGAUCUUAAAAA